UUGCCAAUUGCUAGUUGGCCAGAAAAGUUCUACCCAUAAUGAAAUCAAUUUAUUUAGUUGUAGUCUUAGUCUGUGCAGUGCUAGAUUUGGGGCACACAGCCACGCCCGGUUUAGCUGCUGUGCGUGCUUCAUCGGAGCCGGCAAAAAUUUUGGAAUCAUUGAGUAAUCUACGUCAGAAUAGUUUUCUCGAUUGGAUUGUGUCCAUAUUGGGACCAGAAUAUGCUGAUCCCAGUGGUGCUAGUAGCAGUGCCAUUCCCACAAAGAAGAAAGAAUGUCCAGCAUGUUCGUGUGGCAGCAUCAAUACCGGACAUCGUAUCGUAGGCGGACAGGAAACCGAAGUCCAUGAGUAUCCCUGGAUGGCCAUGCUAAUGUGGUUUGGUAGCUUCUAUUGUGGAGCCACUUUGGUCAAUGAUCAAUAUGCUGUGACUGCGGCUCAUUGUGUGAAUGGUUUCUAUCAUCGUUUGAUCACAGUUCGUCUGCUCGAGCACAAUCGUCAGGAUAGUAAUGUCAAGAUUGUUGAUAGACGUGUGGCCAGGGUUCUAGUGCACCCGAAUUAUAGUACACGCACCUUUGACAGUGAUAUAGCACUCAUUCGCUUCACUGAACCAGUGCGUUUGGGCAUCGAUAUGCAUCCGGUGUGUAUGCCAUUGCCGAAUGAGCAUUACGCUGGACAAACCGCUGUGGUCACAGGUUGGGGUGCCUUGAGUGAGGGUGGUCCCAUUUCCGAUACCCUUCAGGAGGUGGAGGUGCCCAUUCUAUCGCAGCAAGAGUGCCGUAACAGCAAUUAUGGAGAGCAUCGAAUAACUGACAACAUGAUUUGUGCUGGUUAUGUGGAACAGGGUGGCAAGGAUUCAUGUCAAGGUGACAGCGGCGGCCCAAUGCACGUUCUGGACGAUGGUCAGACCUAUCAACUGGCUGGCGUUGUUUCCUGGGGUGAAGGUUGCGCCAAACCCAAUGCUCCCGGUGUCUAUACUCGUGUCUCCAGCUUUAAUGAGUGGAUUUCAGCCAAUACACAAGAUGCCUGCUCGUGUACUCAAGCUCAAGAGCCGACUCCCGAGGAAACAUCUAUUAAUCCCAUCACUGAGCCGGAAGAGAAUUCGUCAACAAAUGCAAAUUCCGAAGAGGCAACUACUCCAGAAAUUGAAGAGGCCAAUAAAUUGGUCUAAAGCAAAAAGAAUUUUCAUUUAUUUGCAAUUUCAAUAAAGU